GAACGAUUUUUUAUGAUUUCAAAAUCCGUUAAAAAAUUUCAUUUGGCCGUGAUCACAAAUGAAAGAAUUACAUAAAAUCAGGUCUUUAUAUAUUACCGAGGAUGAUGCACUGAAAUUCAAGUUACAUUUUGAUUCAUGAAAUGUAAAUUUUAAUGCAAAAGAAUGGCCUUAGAGGAGACAAAAAUUAUUUACCACAUUGAUGAUGAAGACACCCCUUAUUUAGUUAAACUUUCUGUACCUCCAGAUCGUGUGACACUUGGAGAUUUUAAAAAUGUGCUUAACAGACCAAAUUACAAGUUCUUCUUUAAGUCUAUGGAUGACGAUUUUGGUGUUGUUAAAGAAGAAAUUAGUGAUGACAAUGCAAAAUUGCCUUGUGUUGGAGGGAGAGUUGUAUCAUGGCUUGUGACUGCUGAAGGCAGCAGCCUUUCUGACAGCACUUCUCAGUGCACCGACACUAUGUCGCAAAGAUCUGAAUUGAGGUUACCCCUUGAAAGAACUGUUGGUAUUGGUGAUAGCAGGCCACCUUCUUUCCAUGCAACUGCCCUUGAUCAUAGAGAUUUAGGUGAUACUUGUACAGAAACAGAAUCUGUUAUUAGUUCCAGAAAAGAUCUCCAUUCACAUAUGCAUCGUCCUGUUAAGCACAGAGAUAAACAUUUUCAUGAUGAGCAUGUUCCUUGUGGAUGUCCCACCAACAGAAUUAAUGGUCACACUAAACAAAAUCAUCCGCAUAUUCAUUCACGGCAUCGUAGUGGUCAUGGUUAUGAGUCUUCCUCAAUGAUGACGAGUGACAUUGAAAGUACAAGUUUCCUGGAUUCGGAAGAAGAAACAACUAGCAGAAUUUCAACUACAACUGAAGAAAGCAGUGUGUCCCGUAUUCAUCCAAGACAUAGGCGAAGGCGUCGCAGACAUCGUAUGCCACCUAUGAGUAGAACUUCAUCUAUUAGUAGCAUAACAGAUUCCACAAUGUCACUAAAUAUUAUUACUGUUACCCUGAAUUUAGAUACUGUGAAUUUUCUUGGAAUUAGUAUAGUUGGACAAUCAAAUAAAGGAGGUGAUGGUGGGAUCUAUGUUGGCUCAAUAAUGAAAGGUGGAGCUGUUGCCUUAGACGGGAGAAUUGAACCUGGUGAUAUGAUUCUGCAAGUAAAUGACAUAAAUUUUGAGAAUAUGAGCAAUGAUGAUGCUGUGCGAGUAUUAAGAGAAGCUGUUCAGAAACCUGGCCCUAUUAAGUUGGUAGUUGCUAAAUGUUGGGACCCAAAUCCUACAGGAUAUUUCACAAUACCUCGAACUGAACCCGUUCGUCCUAUCGAUCCUGGUGCUUGGGUUGCACAUAUUGAAGCUACUAGAGCUGCUGAUUAUCCCUUAAGACCCCCUUCUGUUAGUACUCUAACGUCUACAAGUUCAUCCAUAACCAGUUCUAUACCAGAGUCUGAUAGACCAUUCCAAGAGAAUACUCUUACUGUAGAAUCAGACAUGCUUUCGAUAGUUAAAGCUAUGACAAAUCCUGAAUCUGGUUUGGAAGUGAAAGAUCGAAUGUGGCUGAAGCUUCUUAUUCCAAAUUCUUUCAUUGGUGCUGAUGUAGUUGAUUGGCUCUUCACUCACGUGCAAGGUUUUCAAGACAGAAGAGAUGCAAAAAAAUAUGCUACCCAACUUUUGAAAGCAGGUUAUAUACGUCACCCUGUUAAUAAAAUUGCUUUUUCUGAGCAAUGUUAUUAUGCCUUUGGAGAUUUAUAUUCCAAUAUUGCUGCUCUCAAACUGAAUGAAGACGACUCUGUUAGUGAAGCAGAUAGAGAUACAUUGGGCCCUCUGCCCCCUCCUUCUGGGCCAUCGCCAUGGGGAAACCAGUUGCCUUAUUCCGGUAGCUAUAUACCUCCAAAUGCUGGUUUCAUGCCCCUGCCAUUCACCUAUGCAAAUGACAAUAACAGCAGCUGUAAAAACUUCGUUAGAGAAGGAAGUGUCCACAGUGGAUCAGGUGGUAGCAGUAAUGGCGGAGACAUGCUGCAAGACAAGGAAAGAAAAUCUGGAAGUCCAGGUGGCAGCGAUUCUGAAGUUGCCAGCCAAAGAAGUUGCCGAAGGAUUACUAACCCAGUGGACUGUGGUGCUGGAAGUAGUGGAAGUGAUCGCAGUGCCAACACUCAUGUCACACAAGAUGUUCCAAGAUUGGAUGCUAUACCUCCUGAACUUUCCGGUAGUUCUCAAUCUUUUAGAGCUGCUAUGGGAAAUCCAUGUGAAUUUUUUGUAAAUGUUGUAUAAAUUUUCCUCUCAAAUAAGGAGUUUUGUUUAAUAUUUCGCCAUAUUAAUGCAUGUCAUAAAUUAAAUUUGUGUUGCUUUCACAACAAAAGUUCUGGACUUUAAUAUUUAUCAUUUUCUGAUGCAUGUUUUCUGUUUUUUUCUUGUGUAAAUUUUAAAAAUGUUAAACUCUCAGUUACAUGGUUAAAAUGUGUGAGUAAUGUUGUGUUUAACUGCUUUGUUUUAAUAUUUUUUAAACAAAAAGUUAAAUUUUGAAAACUGCAUGUACAAAUUAAAAAUUAGUUAAUAAAUUAGUUAUUUAUUUCUGACCUAUUUUUGUAAAAUGUCAAGAGAUAAUGAGCUUUGUUUUUUUAUCUUUAAGUGAAUCUUUUUGCUAAAAUGCUUAUUGCAAACUAAUUUGCAGUGUUGGCAUGGACUACAUUUUUGCUGUGUGUAUAUAUGUAUUCAUAAAUUUCAUGCAUUUAUUACCAUCAGAUUGCAUCGUUAUAGUUGCUUUUAUGUCAUGUUGCUAGAAAGUUGUUCUUCCACUUGUUUUUUAAUGUUGUCCUUUUUCUUAUUAGUAAUAUAUAAUAAUUUCCUUUCAUUAAACGUUUGAAUUUUUGUUUGAAACUUCACAUGUGUGCCACAAAUAAAAUAGUGUUAAAGACAAUUUAUAGAUUCCAAAAGGAAACUUUCUCGAUUUCACAAUGGCAAAAUAAUCUCCUUAAGUGAUUAACUUAUUAAUUUUUGAAAACAUAAUUUAUCUUUAAAUUCAAUGUCUUGUUGGUAGUUAACUUAUUUUUUAUUUUAUUUGAAGCAUUUAAUUUUUUAGAUGUUAGAUAAUUUUAAUAAGUAGUGUUUAUGUGCAAAUAUUUUUAAAUAUUGAUGCAUCUGCAUUAAAAUGUAGGGUAAAAAAAUGACAUGUGGGAAUCCUGAUUGCAUAAUAUUUUACUGCAUAUCAUCUUAUCACUAUGAUCUGUCAUUAUUGUACUUAUAAUCGCAAAUAAUAAAAAUUUUGAACUUACUCUUUUAAAUUAUAAAUCUAGCAAAAAUUCCUCUGUUAUGGUACCUUUACAGUAAGGAAACUCUGAAUAUGCUUAGAUAAAGAGUACUGUGUUCAAUUCUUAUUAGAUCUCUUCUUUUUCCCCUGGAAUCUUUUGAAUAAAGUUUUGAGUUUUUGAAUAUGUAAACUGGACAGCUUCACGAGAUACUAAAUUCUAAGUAAAUGUUGGGUGUGUUUUAGUGUUGUUUUUUUUUCUGAGAAUGAGCUACUAUCCUAUGAAUUUAUUGUAUACAAUAGGUAAUGAAUUUAUAAAAUUGUUUCUUUAUUCAAUCUAUAAACUUUAAAUUUCGAUUACCUUAACAACUGCUUGUGCUGAAUUAGUUUUUUAAUUGGGUUAUAAAUUAGAUUCCUUAAAAAUACAAAAAUUAUCACUAAUGCUUACAUGUAUGUUUAAUAUUAGGAGUAAUUGUUUUCUUCAUAGGUUGAGUUUCAUAUUGCUAGGGUACUAAAAACUAGAAGUUUAAAUGAUGUAAAUUGAAGCAGAGAGAGUUGAAAAUUUACUCAACUUUUGUUGACAUUUUCUCAAAAAAAUUUCUUGCACAUUAUGUUGCUUCCAAAGAAAUCAUUUUGUGUUUGCUCUUCAAAUUUGAAUGUGCUAUGAUUGUUUGCUGAUGCAUUUACUGGUACUAUUUUCUUUGUUUGUUUACCUCUUGUUUUCUUUCAUGCUGCUUAUCAUAGUUGAGGAUGAUAUUUUGGAGUAUCGCUUCUCAGACAAAGGUAUUGUCUGACUAUCAAGUCUUCAACUGGCAUCAAUUUUGAUAACAGUUCAAGGUCCAAGUAUAUGUUUAUACAGAAUGUUAUGUUCUAUUUUUGAUUUACAUCAUUAUUGCUCUUUUAUUACUGCAUUUAUUUUAUGCUUUAACAGUAUUUAAGUUUUAAAAAUGUUUCAUUUGUACUUGUAACAUAAAAAAAUAAUUUUGAUACAAAAUUAUCUAAUUUUACUGUCAUUUAAAUGAUCCAUGUUAGCAUAGUACAUGAUUUUGGAUGCAUUUGUAGAUUUUGAUUACAUGAAAACUGCAAAUGUAUUUAAUACAGCAUCAAGUACAAUUGUGAGAUAAAUACUCAAUAUAAAUCGAGAAUGUUACUGACAAUGUGGAUAACUGUUUUUACAAACAGGCCUGUACAACUUGUAUAUUUUUAGAGGGAAGUUGUAUAGGAGUUUCUAAGUUUUGUUUUUGGCAUUGAAACAUGAAAAUUAUUUUUAGAAAAUACUUUAUAUAAUAAAAAAAUAGUUACAUUGUUCUAAUUGUAUAACUUUAAUUUGGUCUUCCUAGUGUACUCCGUGCUUAACAUAUGAUCAUUUGAAUGUUUACUUUUUGUUACUUCAAACGUUUGCUCUCAUAAUUCUAGUGCAAUUUUAAUUUAUCCUAAGGAGCCUGCUUUGUAAUAUUUGAAGGAAUUUAUUUUGAUUCCUUAAGUGUAAUAGAUUUUGGGGAAGGGGGGGGGGCAUAGUUCAUGAAAAGGUUGUAAGGGAUGACUUAAUUUUAAAGAACACAUAAACACAGUACAAAGCGUCUGUCUAAAUGAUUAACUGCUAUUUAAGUUAAUAAUAACUUAUUAUUUAAGUUAGAAAUAAGAUUAGGGAAGUGUAUAUUUUAUCAAGUGUCAGUUAAGUGCUUUGUGUGAUUAUUUUUAAUAGGUAAUUUUUGGCUGCUUAACUAUCAUUCAAAUAAUUAUAAAAAGUUAUUAAAUUAAAAAUAAUGUUAAUUAUUGUUUUCUUUAUUGCAUAAGGCUUGUUUCAAUCAUUUUUUCUUGUGGCUUAUCAUCGGAACUUGCAAAAGUACGAGGUACAAGAAUUUCUACUGUAUUUGUAAUCAGGCUCAUAACCAGGAACAAACAUUAGGUCGGGCAUCAGAUUUUAUAAAUGGUACUUACACUUUCCCUUCCAGUUUUUGUGUUCACAUAUCAAUAAUGAACCCCUAUAAAAACAAGCUAAAUCACCUCUUGUUCGUUAUGCUUAAUUCUAAAAAUUUCCGAUGGAAAUGUACCUAGAGUAUCCAUUUUCUGAGUGCAAUCCCACUGCAUUAGAAAAAAAACUCAUAUAUGAAUUCUAAAGCUCUGAUCUCACUUACACCGCCAUGCCUCUUUCCUAUUUGUUUAUUUGUAUGGAGAAUUUGAUUAAAAGAAAAAAAUUACUAUGGAAUAUCUCAAUGUGGACUAACAUUUUCCCAUUACAGGCAAUGCUUGACCUGGCUCUGGCUACGGACCUGUGUGUAAUAUGUGUGCAUAUGUAAAAAAAAAAAAAAAUGAAAAGAGUGAUCACAACAAAAUUAAAGUUACUUUUAUGUAUUUUGAGAAUAUUUUUGUUCAAUGCACCAAUUUCAAUUGCUUCGUCUUUUUUUUUUUUUUUUUUUUGCAGAGCCAUUUUUAUUUUGAACAAAAAGAAAAAAAUAUAGGAAAUGAAAAAUUUAUUUUAAAUGACUGAAGAGCAGAUAGCAGUUUUUGAAAAUAAGAAUGGAUUCCAUUUAUUAUAACAAGCAAUCCUUCGAAAAAUGCAAUUGAGGACUAAAUCUGGGGUUAUUUUUAUUUAGCUGAAAAAGAGCUACAAUAGGCCAAUAUCAAGAGUAGUGUCCUACAUGACAGGUGAACUGUUCCUUUUAGAAACCAUUUAAAAUAUGCAUUACAUUUUUAUUGCAUUAUAAUACAUGGUAUCCCUACGUACAUUAUGAGAGCUAAUAAAAAAAAAGUAAGCAUUCUUUAUAAAACAUUUUGUGUUUCAAUUUAAAUUUUAACUACAAUGAGCUUAUUUAUUGCAUAUCAUAUCAUGUCUAUGCAAGUAUUGAUCAUUUGUAAUCAGAAAAGUAAUUAAAAUUUGUCUUUAAAAUUAUUUCUUAAAAUGUAACUUCAUUGUUGUAAAAUUAAGAGUUUUAAAUAAAAGGAGAAAAGAUUUGAAGAUUCACAAUUCCGCAUUCAAUGGGAAAAUAUAUCCAUUUAAUCAAGUCUUAUGCAUGUAAGUAGUUGAAAUGCAUUAUAUAUCAUAUCUGGGUCUUUUUCAAGCAAAAUAUAUAAGAGUGAUUCUUUAUGUAAAAUUUGGUUGAAUAUACAUUCUGUAAUUUUGCAGUUACUUUUUUUUUUUUCAAUGUACGUUGAGAUCUUUAUUUUUAGUUUUUUGCCAAUUAUUGAAUUUUACUAAAAUGAAUUUCAAUAUUCAGUUUUAUUUUUUCUUAUCUAGUCAGUGGAAGGCUGGUACUGUCUUUACAAUUUCUAAAACACUGUACAAAUUCAAAACAUUUGAAAGUUAUUUAAUGUAUGAAUAGAUAUAUUUUCCAAAGAAUUUUGUGUGCAAUUAUAUGUUUCUUUGGGCACUGUAAAUAAUUACACUUAACGAUCUCAAAUGCUAUCAUGUACUAAAACUUUUGAAAACUGGUAUUUUGAGUUGCUUGUAAAACAGUAUGAAAAUGUGUCUGAUGUUUACUUUUUAAUUAAUUUUUAUAAAGCCCAAGAUAUUGUGUUUUUAAGAAAAACUUUGUAGGUAAUACAACUUGGACAAAGGCAUUUAUACAAAAAUAAAUUUUAA